UUCAAAACCAAAAAAAGUUGAGGAAAUCCAAUAGUAACGAAUUGACACCAACUGUCAAAAGCACUCAAUUCACAUCUGUCAAAGUCACUCUUAUAGUUCUGCAGAAAAACAUUGAAAGUACAGGAUGGUCAUUACGAGUGACGUGACUUUGCCCGAGGAGCAUGAGCUCAACCAUCCCGAACUCCCACUUUCGUCUCCUGCCCUCAAAGCAGCGAGCUUUCAUAUGGGCAAAUACUGUGAAAAUCAGAGCAAUGAAUUCUUGCUGUGCCGAAAUGAGUUGGGAGACCCGAGAAAAUGUCUGGAUGAAGGAAAAGCGUUAACUAAUUGCGCAUUUGAGUUCCUUCGGAAGCUGAAGAAAACCUGCAAGGGUGAAUUCGAGCAAUACACUCAUUGUUUGGAUCAAAGCAGUCAAGACCAAAACUUUAGAUACUGCCGCAAAACCCAAAGCGUCUACGAUAAAUGUGUCCUCGAUAAAUUGCAAAUUGAACGUCCCGAGUACGGCUACUUCUGUCGCGUCAAAGUUCAUGACACAGCUCGCCCCAAACCGCCAGUGAAGGAGAAGGCUCACUACCCAGAUGCCGUGCAAUCGUUGCCGAAAGAUUACCCGACACCAGAUCCCAAACACGGCUCACGUUUCCACUGGCUUCACUAAAGCGCCGGCAGUCAAAAAACUUUGAAAAACUAGAAAUUCUGUUAAAACUCCGAAAUUUGUAGAAAGAAAGACAAAAACUUUCGGUUCAAAUAAAAAUUGUAAAAAAAUCAUCUGAAAAA